UUGGAUCUUGCGGAAGCCUCCGCCACCACCGGCGCGCGUUUGGAAGGGCAGCCCGGAUGGACCUUCCGGCGAAUCGUACCUCUCGCCCAGGCCGGUCCGGGGAAGCUGGGCUUCCUUGCCGACCGCGGGUACCUGAAGCAUCUGGACGGGUCCGUGGCCGAAGCGGUGCUGGUUUCCGCGGACCUGUCCUCGUCGGUUCGCGACCGGGUCCCAAACCUGCUGGUCACGGAGCAGCCGCGCGUCGCGCUGGCGCAACUCCUCGAACGACUACAUCCUUCCCCGCCUGCCCGUCCCGGAAUCCACGCCUCGGCCGUACUGGGCCGAGGCGUCAGGCUCGGCAAGGACGUGUGUAUCGCCGCCUACGCCGUGCUGGAGGAAGAUGUCGAGGUCGGGGACCGGGUGCGCAUCGGGGCGCAUGUGUCGGUGGGCCGCGGCUCACGGAUCGCUGAUGAUUCCGAGUUGUACCCUCAGGUCGUGCUGUAUCCCGGAACCCGGCUGGGACAGCGCGUGGUUCUCCACGCGGGCACGGUGGUAGGGUCCGACGGGUUCGGGUAUGUGGGCCCACCGGGGGCGCCACCAGAAGGUCCGUCAGGUGGGCGGCUGCCGCAUCGGCGACGAUGUCGAAAUGGGCGCCCAUUGCUGCAUCGACCGGGGGUCCAUCGGGGACACCGUGAUAGGCGACGGCACCAAGACCGACAACCUGGUGCAUGUGGCUCACAACGUGACCGUGGGCGAACACUCCCUUCUCAUUGCCCAAGUGGGGAUCUCCGGAUCCACGACCCUCGGAAGGGGCGUGGUGAUGGCGGGCCAGUCCGGUGCGACCGGGCAUCUCGAGAUCGGAGACGGGGCGCGGGUCGCUGUACAGACCGGUGUCCUCCGCGACGUACCUGCCGGGACGAGCGUGGUAGGCUUCCCCGGACGUCCGCGCGCCGAAUUCUGGAAGUCGAUGGCGGCGAUGCGCCAGCUGCCCGCGUUGAAGGCCCGGGUGAAGCGACUGGAAGACCGGCUGGCCGCGCUGGAGAACAACCCGGAAACCGUAGCCCCGGAGCGUGCGACUUCAUGACCCGCGCUCGUCAGCGGACGAUUGGCCGCAAGGUGAGCCUCGACGGCAUCGGGAUUCAUCUGGGGGAGCCGGCCAGCGUGUCCUUCCAUCCGGCGAAAGCCGAUUCCGGAGUACUCUUUCGGCGCGUCGACCUGCCGGGGAAACCCCGAGAUUCCCGCGACUCUCGACCAUGUGGUGGGAACCGAGCUGGGCAUCAGCAUCGGUCGAGGGCAGGCCCGGAUCCUCACCGUCGAACAUCUCAUGGCCGCGCUGGGCGCGAGCGAGAUCACCAAUGUGCGGGUGGAUCUGUCCGGACCUGA